CUUCUUUCCUGUUGUGGCAGUAGGUCACAUGAAUAUAAGAGGAAAGCUGAAAGGGUCGUCAAGGGUCGUGAGCUGCACCCUCCCAAAUCCUUCUCAGACGAAGUGUCUGAAAUGCAAACUGCAUGUCUUUUUGUAGGCCUUUUCCUUACGAUUACAGAAAAUACAAUUGGCUUGGAAGCUGGCGAAGAAAAGUGAAAGAGUCGUUACAUAGGACCUUCCAGAACCACCAACGAUUGAAAUAGUACCAUAUCGUGGCACGCACUUUCGAACAUCCAUAGUACCGACAGGUAUCAGGAAUCCAAUCGCUCUUUAUUGCAAACAAUCGAGCUGGACCUCGCAUUGAGCCCAUUCGUCAUUUGACGAGCCAGAACGCGAAAAAAAUGUCGUUGGCUGCUUUGCCCUGGCCUGAUAUGGAUCCACCUUGUGGGACAAAAAAUGUUGUAGACGAUGGAGUGAACCCCCAGGAAGACGAGGAUGCUUCACCUCAGCGGAGGCAGCCCUCACCAAACCCGAAGACUACCACGAAAUGGGGACGUUCCCAUUCCCUUGAAAGUGAUUCCGAUGGAGAAAGAGACGAUCUCCUUCGGACACCGUGGGGCGCCAAAAGGAACCCUAACAUCAGGACGAAUUCGCAACCGAACUCUCCUAUUUUGAUCUACGGAACGGAGCCAGCCUCGGGAGGGGGCGACUCCGGAAACACUAAUCCCAACCAGGGCUAUUUCAGAAAGGCGUCAGAAUCCCGUCGACAGACCACCGAGUCUGAAUCACACACGGGCAAGCUGUGGGAGAGAGCCAAUGGCAUCGUAUCACCAACCUUGCGUUGCAACAUUGACGUGCUCACCGACUAUGUGGGCGACGCUUGUACUCCCUGGUAUGCCUCUUCAAGAGCCGACGAUGACUUUGAUGACGACAUCUCAGUUGUAGGGGUUUCCAGGAUGACGCCGCCUAGGGGGGCAAAUCCUGCUUGUCCCAGAAACCAUGCCGACUGGGCUACCAUAUGCUCGGAGCACCAACAGUCCGAUGAGAGCACUGGGACCGCUGCCGAUCGACGAAAAGUAAGGCAUCAGCACAGGCAGAAAAAAGCUGAUGCUUCGGAUAUCGGCGAUAAGGGCACUUGCAAAGCCAGAAAUACAUCACUCUCUAAUUCCGUAACGGCAAGAGAGGUUGCCUCGUGUAAAGUGGGAAAGAUGGCGCUGGUCAGCGAAUUCAAAUGGAAGGAUCUCGAACCGAAAAAUCUUGAUCGUACAAUUUCCGAGCUUACGAUGCGAUCUUCAUAUGGUGGCUACGAAGCUUCUCAAUCAAAUCUUCCCGAUAACCGCCGCAUGGCCUAUUACGCGGUAGGAAAACACCAGCACAAAUCGUCACGAGGUGGGAAUCGCCGUUGCUACUUUUCGGGAAAGUUAAUUCUGGGCGAUACGCCGUUCUAUGCGGGAACUGUCUUACAAGGCCUACGCACCCUAGUCGUCUUUUGUCUACCAUCUGCUAUUGGUCUACCCGAUAACGACACUAUCCUUAAGCGAGGCCGCAGUGCUUCGACCAAAGUAGGCUCGUCCGGUAAAGGUCUUUCCGCCUUCACGACUACUAUGCACCACUCGCCCACCGCUUCAAAAUCCAAUGCGGGUUCUUCAUCGGAUAACGGCUGUUACCAUAUGCCCCCGAGUUACCAGAAUCCAUUAUCCCGGGUCAAACAUGACAGCACAGGCGUUUCUAGCGUUGCGUCCCAGACGGCGGGCAGCAAGUCUCUAUCAAAAUUUAGUUUGGAUGAUAUAAGUUUGAGCGUGGAUGGUGACCUGGAUCCCAAUUGGCGGCUGGAUAGGGACUUUUUACUUACCGUUCUACCAGAAGCCAACGAACGUUUAUUGCUCCAAAUUAAGUAUAACUAUCCGGAACAAUUCGAAACGCUGCCAGUGCAAGUUCGAGAAGCAUCCCGAUGGAAUCUUUACGUCAAGUUUUGCUUCUUUUCCGGUUUACCGAUUGCCGACGGGGAAAUGCACUACAAAGUAUCUAAUAAAUUGGCGGAAUCAACGUACGGCGAGGAGAUUGUGCUGAGCUAUGAAGUGAUGGAAGCCGUCAAUGGGGCCUCCGCAGAUAUUCUGACUUUACCGAACACAAAAGCCUUCUCUUACCUGCGCAGGCAUUAUUCGGUGCAAUGUAAAAAGCUCGACGACCGUCUCUUUCAGAGGUCAUCAUGGGAAAGGGUGGCUCCAGAAGUUUAACGGUACUCCCUGGAUUGAGAAGACUGAUUUGGAUCUUUCUUUCUGGAAUCACAACCAAAUGUUGAAUUAAUCUAUGUACGCUAAUCUGUUUACACUCCCUUUUUGACAAGGUAGUGUAGAUGACAAUGGAGACAAACCCAGUACAAAUC